AUGUCCAAUUCAGGCAGACCCUUCACCAAAGAUGAAUUGAGUUUCCAGUACUGGUUUGAUUUCAGCUCAACCACUGGUUUGAAAUCGUGUUGCAUCAAAGACAGGAUCAGCCACGAACCCCCCGAAACUCCGGCCAUAUAUGAGGUUGAUUGUAAUAGACCACCCAGAUGUCCUGGCUCCAAAGAUCCUGGAGUGCGUUCGUCAAAGGCUUCCAAAAUUCCAGCGGCUGUGAGAAACGACCUGAAAGAGCCCCCUGACAGACUGAUGGCGAUGUUGGGAACGUACGUGUCGAAGAAAUGGGGAGACAUAUCGUCUAUAUCCAAACGCUCAAAGAGCUCCAGCAGAUGUUGUUUGGCCUCGCAUUUGCGGCCUUCGAUCAGAGGAAAGCUUAGUCUUCUUCUUGGCAGCAGCAAUCUUGUUACCCAUAGCAUCGAACUUGUCUUCCUCGUCGUCGUUCUUCUUCUCGAGUCUUGGACCAGCACCUUGACCUUGGACCCAGUUGUGUCCAGAUGGAGUCAUCUUACCGUCAACAACAGCCCACACUUCCUCAGUCAAGUCCUUGGUGAACUCGGCAGAGUGAGUAAUGAUGAUAACACCACCCUCGAAAGACUUCAGGGCCUUAGACAAAGCUCCAAGAGAGUCUCUGUCCAAGUAGUUGGUUGGCUCGUCCAAAACGAUCAAGUGAGGUCUUUGCCAGGUACAAGCAGCCAAGACCAACUUAACCUUUUGACCACCAGACAAACCUCUAAUUCUGGAGUGGGACACCAAUUCAGCAUCCAAUCCCAACAUGGCGCAGUGGGCCUCGAUCUCCUUUCUGGUCAAUGGUCUGAAUUGACCGGAAGCCAAAGCCUCCUUCAUAUCAACCUCAGCAACCAUCUUGGAGUGAGACUCAAUGAUUUCACCUCUUGGCAACCAAGCGUUGUCAACAGACAUCAUUGGAACCCAUCUCUCAGACUUCAUACCGAUGUUCUCACCCAACAAGAACGAACACUCGUACUCGUAAGUGUUCUUGAACUUCCGUCUAGCGUGGAUUCCUUGAAUUCUUCUUGGUGUACCCUCGAUCUUGAAGAUCUUGUUCAUGGCUUGCUCAUCGUUCUCGUUGAUUUGUCUGGAAGCUCUGUCCAUGGUCUCUCUGUCCUCACCAGUCUGGAAUCUCCAUUGGAUGUACUCGGAUGGAGUCUUGUCCAAGUGAGAGUCGAUGUGGGCGAAAGCGUGCUGCUUGAUGUAAGCAAUACGACAGUUCUCGUGCACGUAAACUUCACCAGUAGUUGGGAGCAACUCACCAGUCAAAACGUUAAUCAAAGUGGACUUACCAGCACCGUUUGGACCAAUGACAGCAAUUCUGGAAGACAAGGAACAUUGGAAAGUGAUGUCAGAGAUUUGUGGCUUAACAGUACCUGGGUAUUGGAAAGACAUGUUAGAAACCUUGACAAUAGCCUUCUGUUUGGUCUUGACACCCUCCAAGAAACCUGGUUCUGGGAACUUGAACUCAACCUCGGAAGCAGACAGCUCCUUGUAAGACUUAGCAGAUGGAACUCUCUUGAUCAGCUCAGUAAGGUUACCCUUGUACUUUCUGAGCUUGAAACCUUCGUAGUGGAUGAUGUAUUGAACAACGUUGUCCAAGAAACCAGAGUCGUGGGAAACAAUGAUGGAGGUAAUGUUACAGGUGGUCAAGUAGUUGACCAACCAAGCGACAUUGACGGUAUCCAAGUGGUUAGUUGGCUCAUCCAAAAGCAAGAUGUCAGCGUUUUGCAACACAGCUCUGGCAAGGGCCAACUUCAUCUUCCAACCACCAGAAAGAGCAGCAAUUGGCAUGUCAAUCAUUUGUUCACUGAAACCAAACUCCAACAGCUUGGCUCUAACAGAGUCUCUGUCGAGAUUAGUACCACCUUGCUCCAAAACGUAGUCAACGACUGGGGUCUCGGCGUGAGAACCGUCAAUGUCGUGCUCGACGUAGACAGUUCUACAUUCGUCUUGAGUUGGGAAGCCCUCAACUUGACCGUUGGCAAUAGCCUUCAUCAAGGUAGACUUACCGGCACCGUUAGGACCACACAGACCGUAUCUUCUAGCUCUCUUCAAUCUCAAUUGAGUCUUGUUCAAAAGGAUCUUAGCACCGUAAGCCAAAGAGAACUCACAGUUACAAAGGUCUUCACCUUCGUCAUCCUCGUCCUCGAAGACAGGAGGUUGUGGAAUGUUAUCGACGGAUCUCUUUCUGAACUCCUCAAUAAGCUCUUUGGACUCCUUCUCGUGCAAGAAGAUGGUCAAGAAUGGAGUCAAAGAAGAAGACCAAGAUUCAGGGUCGAUCUUUCUUUCGUCGAUCAAGUCACCAGCAAUGGCAGCGACGUAGGUUUGCACAAUGUCGAAUCUAGCUGGCUUACCCUUGACCAAGUCCUUCAGAAUAGAAAGGUUGACCUCGACGUCACCGGCAGUGGAAACCUCUGGGAUAGUGUCGUCAGCUGGGACAGCACCGACUCUUCUAAGAGUGUUCAGAGCUCUCUCGGUAACAGAUCUAGCUUCUGGGUCGGCGAUGGUAGACAUGUUAGCCUUCAAAGCAGGGAAAAGCUUCUCCAUGAAAGGAGCAACGACCUGAGGGUCAUCGACCAACUUACACAUGUUAUCGAUGAUGACAGCGGCUUUUCUCUUGAUGGCGGUGUCUCUCUCGGCCAAACCUCUGGAAAGCAAAGGAACCAUGAUGGACAAAGCAGCGGUGGUGACCUCAGAAACGAAAGUAGUAGCACCCAAAACGUGGACGGUUUCUGGGACCUGGGUUGGGUCAGAGAUAGAGCUAAUAAGCUUUGGAAUGAAAGGCUCAAUAUCCUUGUUUUGAAUAGUAGCAGUAGCCUUGGUCAUAGUCUCAGUAGCAGCCUUCUUGACGUCAACCUUGGUAUCCCACAUGGCCUCGGACAAGACUGGGAUAAGCUCAGGCAUUCUGAGGGCGAGUUGAGUCUUGGAGGUCUCAACCAACACAGCAAUAGCACUCAAGAGAGCGAUCUUCUCUUGCCAUUUAGCAGUCUCGUGCAAGUUCUUCAGCAACUUCUUCAAGAUGUCCUUGAUAGCGACUGGAGUAACGGCCUUGGCAAUAGCAACCAAAGCCUCGCCAGCAGCAUCUCUGACCUCUUGUUGCUUGUCACCAGCCUUGGAGGAGAUCACAUCAACAAGUCCAACAAUGUAUGGCUCAACAGAAGGAGACAAGUCGGAAGCACUAGCAAUGUGCGUCACAGCGGCAAGGGCGUUGACAGCCUGUUUCUUGUCCUUGAUGGACUUUUCCAGAGUUUGGAAAAAUUCGUAAGGAACAUCAUGUUCGAUGAUUUCACCAUUGAGGAAAGAGGCCACAUUAGUAGCAGCGAACUCGUCAAGUCUCUUGAUCGCAAGGCCAUAUUCGAAGAGUUUCCAGACGUGAUCCCGCUGGACGCGACUACCGGCGAGUCGUCGACCUCCUCGACCGCCGACUCAUCUGUCGAUACUUCUGUGUUCAAGGGCCACGACGAAGAGCAAAUCAAGCUGAUGGAUGAGAACUGCAUUGUUUUGGAUUAUGACGACAAUGCGAUCGGUGCCGGAACAAAAAAACUGUGUCAUUUAAUGACGAACAUCAACAAGGGUCUUCUCCACAGAGCAUUUUCUGUUUUCCUUUUCAACUCGAAGAACGAGCUUCUUCUGCAGCAAAGAGCCGACGAGAAAAUCACGUUCCCAUCCAUGUGGACCAAUACCUGUUGCUCCCACCCUCUUUGUGUGCGGUCUGAACUGGGGUCAGACCUCGAGUCGUCUGUUAAGGGAGCCAAAAACGCUGCCCAAAGAAAACUCGACCACGAACUGGGAAUCAACCCAAAAGAUGUUCCUGUCUCUAAUUUCCAGUUUCUCACCAGAAUCCAUUACAUGUCUCCAAGCGAUGGUGCAUGGGGAGAACAUGAAAUUGAUUACAUUCUAAUAAUAAAAGCAGACCCAACUUUCGAGGCCAAUCCUAACGAAGUGAAAGACACCAAAUAUGUUUCUGCACAGCAACUGAAAGAAAUGUUCAAAGACCCUAGUCUUGUGUUCACCCCGUGGUUCAAGUUGAUCUGUGAAUCAUACCUCUUCAAAUGGUGGGACCAUCUUGACGAGCUGGAUCAGUAUACUAGCUCAGAGAUCGACCGUAUGUUGUGA